AGCACUGCCUGGACACAGCCUUCAACUUCUUCAAGAUGGCGGUGAGCAAGCACCUGACGCGGGGCCGCAAGAUGGCACACGUGAUCGCCGCCUGCCUUUACCUGGUCUGCCGGACGGAGGGCACGCCUCCUGUGUGGAUCCUAUUGUGGCUACACCGGGGAUUGAACUAUCAACCUUGCGGGUCCUGGUCAUGUGCAUUAAACCACUAUGCUACAAUUGCAUUCUGGAGCCAACUGUAUAUUAAAAACCCACUGUUUAAAUGUUUAAUCCUGAAUACAUUUCCCAUGUCCAUUCUUUCUUGCAUGAGUAGUCAUGCAAGAAAGAAUGGAACUCUCCUCUAUAAAAUUGAGCUAUGCCAACUUUGAGCUGGUCAAACCAUGUCAGACGGGAAGCUGGUCUGAACUGAUCCACUGGCUAAAACCAUGUCUUUUUCAAAACUUAGUUUGAGCUGUUUUAUUCAGCAGGGCAACCCUGCAAUCACCAGGGUUGACCUUGUUGCAAGAUCCUCAGGUAAGUCAACCCAGUGAAUGGGGCGACACGUUUGCGAGAGGCAAAAAAACAGAACUGCUGCAAAUCAGAUAAAGUGUACCUACAAACCAUCAGGCUUCACCACCACUGGGGAGAAAAGCAGAUACACAGAGGAGAAGAGACACCCACACUGCUUUAGCACACAAAGAACGAUUCCUCUUAAUGGAAUUCACGGCCACGUUUUCGACCGCAAGUCAUCUUCGACGAUAGUGACCUCUGCGAUGGAAACGCGGCGAUGAAUUUUAUUAAUAAAAUUACCCGCGAGCCUCCAAACAACGCACAGGUUCCCGGGGUGUUUUUAAUGCCAUACAUGCUGAGUCACCCAGGGUGAAGGUCCUCUCUGAGCUGGAAAGUCAAAAUAAUUGUACCAGAACCCUCGUCUCUCAGGUAGAGCUGGGACAGAAUCGUCUUCUGUUGCAGUUGCCGCGUCACCUCACAUGGCUCUCGGCUGAUGUGUCUGCCACAAUAAAGGCUUAGGACUUUAUGAGUGAUUCACAGGCUUUUCUUAAUACCCUCAUUGUUGCAGUCACUUUUAAUACCCAUUGUCUGCAGUUUAAUGCGUUCCGCUUUAAUGGUGGCAGUUAUUUUGAGGUGUGGUGAUGAAGAGGUGUAAACCCCUUAUGGUGGCACAUGGUUGAGUGCCUCUGGACAUGGCAGUGACUGAUGGACUGUGUGCAAUAGUGGAGGGGGCCAAGAGACUAGAUUGUUCUGUAGUAGUAGUCCUGGCAGAAUAGUCAGGAUUUUGAUUGGCUGUUGUUGGACAAAGAAGGCCUAGGAGCCAGAUGACUGACCAUUGACUCCCAUUUUUACUGUAUUGCAUUGCAUUGCAUUUACUGUAAAAAAAUUUUUUUCAAAACCCUAACAUUUGGGGAUAAAUCACCUAGUGUGGUAACCCUAACCACGCUUCACUCAGUAAGCUUGUUAUUAGCUUUUUUGAUUCACCAUCAGGUCAAUUUAAAUAGGGAGGAACUAUCUACUGAUUAGCCUUGACCUUGGAUGCAUACACACACAAAUGCCUCUCCUUCCGUUUGCACAUUUGCAGUUCAAAACUUCUCAAGGUCUUUGUUUCCCGGCUUUCGAUGCUGAUAGCAAAAGAUGCAAAUAAAGGCUAUUAGAUAUGCUCCUGGACCUGAGCGAUCUCUUGCAGGUGAAUGUCUACAUCCUGGGCAGAACCUUCCUCCUUCUGGCCAGAGAGCUGUGCAUCAAUGCCCCUGCCAUAGACCCCUGCCUCUACAUACCCCGCUUCGCCCACAUGCUGGAGUUUGGGGAUAAGAACCACGAGGUCUCCAUGACUGCUCUACGGCUUCUGCAGAGGAUGAAGAGGGACUGGAUGCACAUGGGUCGCCGGCCGUCUGGGCUGUGCGGGGCAGCCUUACUGGUCGCCGCCCGCAUGCACGACUUCCGCCGCACGGUGAAAGACGUCAUCGGGGUGGUGAAGGUGUGUGAGGCCACACUGAGGAAGAGGUUGACAGAGUUUGAAGAUACACCCACGAGUCAGCUGACCAUCGACGAGUUCAUGAAAGUAGACCUUGAGCAGGAAUGUGACCCACCAGCAUUCAUCACUGGGCAGAAGAAACUGAAACUGCAACAGCUUGAACAAGAAUUGGCCGAGCUUGAUGAAGUUCAAGGUGAGAUCUGCUCUUACCAGGAUGAGAUUGAGACAGAGCUGGAGAACAGCAGGCCCAAACUGAGGGGGAUCUAUGCGUCAUACGCCAGAAACGACUCCCCAGAGGACCCUGUCAGCCAGGACGGGGAGGACGAGGAGCUUGAGGCGGCAGCCGAACACCUCAACCGGGAGCUCCUCAGCGGGGUGCUCACGGGGGCCGUAGAGGAGGAGGAGCAAGAUCAAGCAACCCUGGCCCCCCCGCUGCCCAAACAGCUCCCCCUGCUGGGCCCCCUGCCAACUGCCGCCAGCCUGGGUCUCACAGACACCAUCCGGGAGUGCAUCGACGAGGAGAAGGAGGAUGAGGACAAUCCUGAUAACGGAGAGCUGAACCUGGAUGGCAUCGAUGAAGAGGAGAUCGAGAGGUACAUUCUGAAUGACAAAGAGGUUGAGAUUAAGACCGAGCUCUGGAUGAAGCAGAACGAAGAAUAUCUGAAAGAACAGAGAGAGAAGGAAGAAAGGAUAGCGAAAGAAAAGGAGCUGGGGAUCUACAAGGAACAGAAGCCCAAGAAGCCGGGGCGGAAGAGGGAGCCGAUUCGCGCUAGCACGGCGGGCGAGGCCAUCGAGAAGAUGCUGGAGCAGAAGAAGAUCUCCAGCAAGAUCAACUACGACGUGCUGCGCGACCUCAACAGCAAGGGCAGCGGCGGAGGGAGUGGAGCCAGCCCCUCCCGGAAGCCCAACGAGCCCCCCGCCCCCAAGGUCGCGGGCGGCAAAAGGCUCCCCGGCCGCAGGAAACGAGCCAGCUCCGCCCGCAGCCUGGCCGCCCACGUCAGCAGCAUGGCCAAGAGACUCCGCCCACUGAUAUCCGCCCAAGCCAAUAAGAGGCUCGCUGAGGAGCAGCGAGGUAGCCUUCUCACGCCCGGCCACUGUCUGUUCCGCCAGGCUGCCCUCGCAAGUCCCCCGGCGACGCCCCCCGGUCCCUCAGCAACAGUGGUGGUGGAGAGCGGGCCGGUGGUGUACGAUGAAGAGGCCGAGGAGGAAGAGGAGGAGGCAGAGGAACCCUGCGUGAGCGCCAUGGAGCUCAUGGGGAACGACGAUUACGGACGGGAAGUGGAUGAGGAAGAGGAGGGGCUCUAGCGGUGGGCCGUGUCCCCAUGUCGGCCCUCUGCGAUGCACUGAGCAGCUUCCCCUCCGGCCUCAGGAAGCUUGUGUCACUGCCGGGGAGGCAGGAGGCUCCACAGCCCGGGAAGGACGGCUGUGAAAGGGACAGGGCAGCUUGGGAGAGGGGCCUAACCACACCAAUACACAGCAGCUCUGGAUGAGCACCAGCAACACACAAACAAAGAGGCUGUAAACACCAGUAACAAUAGCUGUGCAGCUGACCGAGUCAUUAGAGUUCUCUGAACGGUCACUGUGAAUGCUCUCUACAGCCACCGUGUGAAAGUGUCAGCACCGACCACGCCCAGCUGGUCUCAUUAACAGCCCAGAGCAGUGGUCCUCACUCCUGAUCCUGGAGAGCCGCAGCGUCUGAAUAUUAAUAUGGUUGCUGAUAUUAAGGCGAAAACAAAAACCAGCACACCCUGAGGCUCUCCAGGACCAGGAGUGAGGACCAUUGGCCCAGACAGACAUUGUUGGGGCUGAAAGUAGCUCUUCUCCAGAGCUGGUUUGAAGUGCCUCUGAACAGGAAGGAGAAGGGUGAAUUAUAAGCUGAUUACACCUUCUGGUGAGCCUGAGUUUGUAUUUUUGAUAUGUCCCAAGACUAUUCUUUUUCAACCACAUCUAGUUCUGUAAAGUAGUUAGGCCUUAGCUGAAGGUGGGUCUUUUGCCUUUCAAGACGAGACAUACAGGCCCCUUGCUUCACUACACUGCUAUGUUAAGUAAAACUGGCACAUGUUACGGGUAAGACUUUAGAUCAGGGAUCUGGAACUCAAAACAUGGAGCACACUGAUGUGUCUGGUGGUUUUCAUUGUGUGCAGCAACUUAAGUCCUAUUCUGUGGCUUAUCUCUAUAAUAAUUACCGUAGGCUAUUAAUGUUCUCUCUCUGUCUCUCUCACUCUCUCUCUGUUGAUCUCUCUCACGCAUCUGAUUGGCUUAAGAAUCCACACACCUUGGGCCCACAGCAUUGAUUGGCCGCUGAUUUAAGUGAAAUGAUAUCAACGAACAAACACUGCAGCUGCCCAGGACUAGAGUUUGAGAUCCCCUCUGUGGACCCCCAAGCGCACAUGAUGGCAGCUCCAAAGGCAUCUAACAAAUUCAUUUCUGAGGCAGGGCAGCUGCUCAAAACAGAGCAUUAAAUCAUAAAGUCUGACGGAUAACAGAGCAGCCAUUUAAUCCUGCUUUCUGCAUGAUUCACAAAUCGCCCUGUCGCAGUACCCACACGACUUUCAACUCAUCCUCCGGAACUUAGCCAGCACUUAGCUUUAAUGGAUUUGUCUGAGCUUUGUAUUUGUCCAAUAGAUAUGUCUCCAUUUUCUAUUCAACUGCAGAAGUGAGAAAUCCAGUUACUGUAUGUAAAAUUUUUUGGCAUUUGCUAUAUAUUUCCAUGGGUGCAUCACUUUUUUGUACAGAUUUAAGGAAUGCAAAAAAAAAAAGGUUUGUUGAAAAUAGUUAUCGUAUAUACUUGUACACAUGUUAAUAUCUUCGGCUGUACCCUUUUUCAGAUUUUUUUUGUUGGUAUGUUUGUUUUUAUUUUAAUGUUUUUAGUCUCUUCCAGAACAUUCCAGCAGAUGUUUUGUCUGCUGCCUUAUUUCAGCAGGAAUAGUCUGUUUUAAUCCAGAAGUAACCUCGAUUUGUUUUUAAGCAAACCUAGGUCAAAUACGUAAUUGUUUUGGAUACAAAUACUUUUCUACACUUUACUGAGCCUGUCUGGUGUAUUGGAACCAAUGAAAUACACUCAGAAAUGAUGUAAACCCCACCUUCUGGUUCUCUUGGUUGGCUCAAUUGCACCAGACAAGAUCAAUCGAGUACACAAACGUAUUUGAAACAAUUACAUAUUUGACCAAGGUCUUUUUUAAGGCACUAAGCGAAUGCUUGAUUGUAGAUGUUUUAAUGAUCCCAUGCGCCGACAUUGGCAGUGGGAUUGGCCGCAUACCACCCCAUUCCGUCCAAUCUGAUACAGCAGCCAGUCUGCUGUUAGCGACAUUCACCAGUGGCAUUUUAAUAAAGUUUUAUUCCAAGCAGA